AUGUGUCAAGCACAUUCAAUGUCUGUGUGUUGUUGUUUCAAUGAUGAAAUUUCAAUUUUUUUAAAUACAUAACGUGUGCAUCAAUCAAAUUAAAUUUUUUAAAAUGUCUCGUUUGAAUCGUUUGACGGGCAUUUUGCAUGUACAAAUCAAGUCUCAAUUCAAAAAUGACCUUACAAUAGUUACAUGGUCACGCGGUUUUACGACGCAAACAAAUCCCAAUGAACGCUUAUCGGAUGGACCAAUCAAGUGUUUGCAGGAUAAAAUCAAUGCUGGCGAACUUAAGACCGAUGAACAUCAAACCAAGGUAAUGGAUGCACUACAAACACUCUACGAUACAAUUCAAACGUACGAACCAGCCGAUGUAUCAUCACAAAGUUCCUUAUUCAAAUGGCUAUCAAUAAAAACAACAAAAUCGAAAAAUAAUGCACCAAAAGGCUUGUAUAUUUAUGGCAGUGUUGGCGGUGGCAAAACUACAUUAAUGGAUUUGUUCUAUGAUAGUUGCACAACAAUAACGAAAAAGAAGCGAAUCCAUUUCAAUUCAUUUAUGACAAACGUUCAUGCUCGUAUUCAUGAAGUCAAAGAGGAGGAAAGUAAAAAUCAACAGUUUGUCGGAAGUGACAAAGCAAAUCCAUUCGAUCCAACAAGAUCAGUAGAAAUAAUAACUUUAGAAAUACGUGUUAUGCUACGCAUUCGCUCGAUAUGAUCACUGAAGAGACAUAGUUGCUGUGUUUUGAUGAGUUUCAAGUAAUGGAUAAAACAAAUUAUUUUACAUGAAACAUUUUUUUUCGGUGAUUUUUUUUGUCUGUAACUAAAGCCAUCUCAUGCUUCGCCAUUCCGUCCGAUGUGUUAUUUGCCGUUGAAUAAUGGCACAAGCGAUCAAGAGAAGCAAAGCGAAGCAGAGAUGAAAGAAAAAAAAAAUUAAUGUAAUAAAGCAAAUUUUAUCGAUGAUUAGAUGAUUUGAAUGUUGCGCACGGCACAAUGAA